AUGCAGUUCCUCCCUAUCAUGGUCGCCCUCGUCACCAGCCUCGUCGGCGCCCUCGACUCCAGCGACUCCAGUGAUGAUCACCACCCCGUCUGCAAACCGAAAGUCCCCGACUUCUCCCAGAUCCCCACGUGCGCCACUCACUGCAUAGUCGGCUCCGCCAGCGCAUCCACCCCCUGUGCGACCAUCCCUCCCGACUACAAGUGCUGGUGCACGCCGGUCAACUUUGCGGCCAUCAUCCAAGCUGGCACUGCCUCCAUGGCCCUCCCUGCGUUUCAGCAGUUCUGUUGUGAGGUUAAUGCUCGUGGUAUCAUCUGGUAA